AUGGCCUAUAAACUAAUCAGUCGUUACUACAAAAAGUUAUCGCAACAAAGUAGAAUGCAAUGGAGAACAUGGAUGUACAAAAGAUAUUGUUUCAAUAGUCAGUCAUAUCGAGAUUAUUCAAGUGCUUUUCUACAAAAUGAAAGCCCUUUACCAGAACUAAGCGUCCCAGUCCAACUAGCUGGUAGAAAGUAUUUACCCGGUUCGUGGCAUCAUCAGUUUCCACAACAGCUUAACAAUCCUCAACCUGAUUUUCCACAUGUCGUUACUCCAUCUAAUACUACUGAUGCAGCAAAUUUAUCCUUAACCGACUGGGCUACUGUUGUUCGCCAAUACUUAGAUGAUAAUUUAACUAAAUAUGGGGCGGUUCUGGUACGAUCAUUACCCAUCCAAAAUGAAACACAUUUUUCACAGUUAGUUAGUCAACUAAAAUAUAACCCUCAAUCUUAUAAAGGAGGUAUAGGAAAUCGGCAUAGCAAGGUAACCAAUGUCAUGACAGCCAGCGAUGAACCAAAAGAAUGCAGUAUUGAAUUACAUAAUGAAAUGGCUUACUCACCUAAUUGGUCUGAUCUUAUUAUUUUCUAUUGCAAGAUACCUCCUGCAUUAGGUCAUGGUGGACAUACUUGUAUUGCUAAAGUCAGCGAUUAUGUCGAUCGAUUAGGCCAAGAUAUUACUCAACCAUUUCUUAAACGAGGCCUUCGAUAUCAAAACUAUCUAUUUAGCCAAGGUUCUGUACCUUAUAAAUACAUUACAUGGCAACAAUCAUUCCAAACUAAGGAAAAAGCAGAGGUAGAAGAAUUCUGUACUAAUGCAGGUUACACAUAUAAAUGGGAUGACAAUGAAAAUCUAACCUAUUAUAUCGAUCUACCUGCCGUUGUAAAUCAUUCCAAGACAAGUAAACUUUCAUGGUUUAAUCAAAUUUAUCAACAUUCGCCAACAUAUACCAGAGAACAUCCUUCUUUCGAAGUUGCAGAUUUACCAUUAGACAAACAUCCGCUUCAAUGCUAUUUCGGUGACGGUGGUGAAAUUAGUGAGGAUAUACUAUUUUACAUGCGUAGUGUUAAUUGGCAAGUAGCUGUCGGGUUUGAAUGGCAAGCUGGGGAUGUCCUGUUUUUGGAUAAUGUUUUAGUACAGCAUUCCAGAUUGAGUUUUGAGGGUCCUCGAAAAGUUUACGCAUCUUAUCUACCAGUGGAAUAUCUUGCUCGUGACACUUUGCGAAAAUAG